GCCGGUUCCGGUUCCGGCGCUGCCGCCGCCCCGCACCCGCCGCAGGAGGGCGCCGAGGAGCUGGAGGAGGAGGAGGCCGGGCUGGGGGAUGGCGACGGAGGGGACGCCGCCAUUGAGGACCCGGAGCUGGAGGCCAUCAAGGCCCGGGUGCGGGAGAUGGAGGAGGAGGCCGAGAAGCUCAAGGAGCUGCAGAACGAGGUGGAAAAACAGAUGAACAUGAGCCCCCCCCCGGGCAAUGCUGGCCCGGUCAUCAUGUCCUUGGAGGAGAAGAUGGAAGCCGACGCUCGCUCCAUCUACGUGGGCAACGUGGACUAUGGGGCGACGGCGGAGGAGCUGGAGGCCCACUUCCAUGGCUGCGGCUCCGUCAACCGCGUCACCAUCCUGUGUGACAAGUACAGCGGGCACCCAAAGGGCUUCGCCUACAUCGAGUUCUCCGACAAGGAGUCCGUGCGGACGUCGAUGGCCCUGGAUGAGUCCCUCUUCCGAGGGAGGCAGAUCAAGGUAGGGCCCCCUAUAGAGCCCCCUAUAGGG